AUGACACCGCAAGAUAUCGAAGACUUGCUGAAGCGUGAGGGCCAUGGAGAAUUUUCCGAAGAGUACGAUAUGGCUCUCGAGACGGUGUCUAAUGUCCAGCGGCGAACUGAGCUGCUGGCGGAUGUGCUGAAAACCUGCAAGGAGCUGCGAGCCGAGGACCGGACUCAGCUCGAGAUAGCGGCUGAGAAGCUGGGCGACGGAAGUCGAGAUGAGGCCUGGCGUGUGCCAUACGGUAACUCGGGCAUCCUGGACUUCUUUCUUGAAGAGUUAGCCAAGGAAGACAUCACCCACAAGCUCAAGAUUCACUCCCUGCGAGUUGUCGGGAAUUCGUGUGCUGAGAUGAACAAGAACCGGGCCCUUAUGCUGCAAGGAAGACAUAUGGAGAUGGUAAUCCGCCAGCUCAGUGACGAGAGCGUCGUGCAUGUCGCCAUUCCGGUACUAUACAAUAUCAUGGUCGACUACGAACCCGCCCAGGCUCGCGCCGCGGAGCUUAAGAUCAGCGCAUCCAUGAUCAAUCUCCUCUCCUCGCCCAACCUGCCACUGUUCAUGGAAAUGAUACCGUACAUUGGCCGAAUCCUUGCGCUUCUUGUCAGUAAUGAAGCUGAGACUGAUGCUGCUGCCGACACGACUGUCGGAGUACUCCUCUCCGUCGCCCUCAACAGCCCCUGUAAAGACGACGUGGAGGAGUUUGCCGCGCUCUUAUCCGUCAUUGUCGCCUACCUAGCAGCCGACAAAUUCCAGAAGCUCGCUAUCAGCCGCCAUCAGAUCGAUCUCUUCCUAGAAGCGUUCCACCACGCCAACACGGGCUUCGACGUGUCCAGCAUCACUGACCCGGAAAUGGCCACCGUUCUAAAGAAGCUCUACCUCUCCAUGCUCAACAUGGUGGCCGAGCUCACUGCACAGGACGACUUCCCUAUGGUAUAUCCAUCGACUUCAACGGCUGCGCUCACAGUCCUCGCAUGGCUCCGCACCGGCAACUCACAGCUUCAGGCAGCCGCGUGCCUGGCGCUCGGCAACAUGUCCCGCUCGGACGAGGCGGCGAGGGCGCUCGUUGAGGAUCUUGCUCUCCAAGAACCGCUUAUUGCUAUCCUUGCCGAUCCGUCCAUAUCAGAAUCCCAGCUGCUACACGCGGUGCUCUGUCUCCUGAAGAACAUCGCCAUCCCCGCGCAGAACAAGCUUGCUCUACGUCGUCUGCUCGACCCGGCUUGUGUGCCGCGCAUCUACAGCCUAGACGCCGUACCGCAAGUCCAGUACGCCGCAGCCUCGCUGACACGGCUUCUGUUAUCCAACUGCGCGGACAAUGUGUCGCAUUUUUGCAGCUACCACAGCCAAAGCGCCGUUACUACUACCAGCGGUGGCUCCGACACAGAGCAAAAGAAAGAUAGCGUAAGUGACUUGCUUUCGCUCUUUGGCCGCACAGACACGGAACCCAUCAAACUUGAAGCCGCCCGGGCCGUCUCCGUCAUCUGUCGUGUCCUUCACUCCAACGCCGCGGCGGAGCUGCUUCCCGGCGACGGGACGGCAUCUGACAGUAAGAGUCGGGCCGAAUUUUAUGCUCAUCAUGACGUCGGCACGCCCCUGUCAUUUCUCAUCACUCAGAAGAAGUGGCAGGUCCUGCGCUCCGAGGCGUGGUUCGUGUUGGCUCUCAUGUCACGCUCCAGCGAUGGCUCCAGCGUUAUUGCCGCGAUACUGCAGCAGGAGAUGGUCGCCUCACAGCUAACCGAAACAAUCACCGGCCGGAAAACGGACGCUCAGUUCACGGAAGUCGUGAAUGAGGACAACGAAGAAGCCACAGACGCGUUGUCAGUCGCCGAGGGGCUGAACUUGAAGCCGCAGCGGGUUGACCUAAAGGAAAAGGAACGCGUCGCAGCCGUGGAGCGUGAGAAUGCCCUCGUUAUGUGCACUGAGCUGUUGAGGAACUGGAGGGACGACUUUGAGCCACUCAGCCGUCGGUUCCUGGAGAGUCUUCUCAAGGAGGGCGCUGAGCUUGUAGUGGCACAUAGAAGCGAGGAAUCGAUUCCAACGAGUCUGGUCAAGAGCGGCUCUGAGCUGGUAAUUCCCGUCAGAAGCAAAGAACCGGAUACAGCAUAA